AUGAUGUCUGGAAUGGGAGCUUUUGUCCUUUGCAACUUGCUAGUUCUCUCUGCAGUUCAUGCCACCAUGCCUUCUCUGCUUCAGCGUUUGCUCAGUAAUACAGAAGACACUGGCAUGAAAUUCGGAGGUAUGUCAAAAGAUCAUCCAAUAAGAAAAGAGCUUGAACGAGAUCCUGGCGUGUUUUUAGGUACCGUGCAUGAUCUUGAUCUCUCAAAACUCAGAAAAGGAAUUAUUGAGAAAGCAUCAGGAAUGCCAGACAUCUUCAGACGUAAUUUAAGAUCGGAAGAAGAGGCUCAGUGCCAUUUACGCAUACAAGAAACGAAAACGUAUCCAGGACAUUGUAUAAGAAUGAUGAAUGGAAUAUCUGCGUGUCAGAAUGAUGAAUACAUUGAAAUCAAUCACAACGAAUGCAGUUAAGUUCACUUGCUAAAAAUUCCUGCUGUGGUACAUCUUGGAUGAAGUCUUUGAUUUGCGAUGUGACGGAUCAUUUUCCUUCUAUAGUACAAAAAAUAAAUGAUUUUGAUUAUUAUAUGUUUUCUGUGAGAUAUAAUAAAGAUAAUAUCAUCAUCA